GUCUGGCAUCACAUGUUUGUUUUGGAAAAAUGGCUGAAGAGGCAAAAGAGCCGAACUCGGUAGUGGAAGAUAACAACGACAAAGAUGAAGAAUCAGAAGUCCCGGAACUUAUUCAAGACACUAUAGAAAACAGUAAUGAGGAAGAGCAGAGAAAUAUACAGGCAGCUGAAAGCUCUUGGUCAGCACCUAUUCUAUCGCUGGCACGGAAAGCGAGCGAGACGAUUAGCAGUGGAGUAAACACAUACGGGGCGGCUUUAAAGAACGCAGCGCCUGGGUCUGCAACUAACAGCUCCCCGACUGAACUUUCCUCUGCCAAUGAAACCGCUAAAACCAUGGUUGUGAAAGACCCGAUGACGGUGGAGAGGUCUAAUCUCCUGAGCAUGAUGAAACUGAGUGUGAAGGUACUCAUUCAGUCUUCACUUAGUUUGGGUCGGACCCUGGACUCCGACUAUCCCCCGCUGCAGCAGUUUUUUGUAGUCCUGGAGCACUGCUUAAAACACGGACUGAAAGUGAAGAAAUCCUUCAUCAGCCAGAAUAAGUCCAUAUGGGGUCCCCUGGAGCUGGUUGAGAAACUGUGUUCAGAAUCAUCGGACAUUGCCACAAGUGUGCGAGACAUGCCUGGCCUCAAGACAGGACUGGGGCGAGCCCGGGCCUGGCUGCACUUGGCCCUUAUGCAGAAAAAGGUGGCGGACUACAUGAAAGCCCUCAUCGACAGAAAAGAUCUUCUUGGAGAUUUUUAUGAACCUGGAGCACUAAUGCUAGAAGAAGAAGGGACGAUAAUCGCGGGUAUGCUGGUGGGACUGAAUGUCAUUGAUGCCAACCUCUGUGUGAAAGGGGAAGAUCUCGACUCCCAGGUUGGCGUCAUUGACUUCUCCCUGUACCUGAAAGAUCCGCAGAACAGCGAAACACCAAAAGAUGAUUGUAAAAUGACGGCCAUUUUGGACCAGAAGCACUACAUCGAGGAGCUGAACAGGCAUCUCAGUUGCACAGUCACUGACUUGCAGGCCAAGAUGGAUGCAUUGGAAAAGACCAACUGCAAGCUCAUAGAAGAACUGACGGCUGCGACGGACCGGAUCAAUUCACUGCGGGAUGAACAAGACCAGCUCAGUAAGGAGAACGCCGCCAUCCUCCAAACCAGCCAGAAGAAAGAAGAGGCCACACUGCAGGACAGCCAGGUGGAGCUGGAGACGUACCGUCAGACACGGCAGGGCUUGGACGAGAUGUACAAUGUUGUGUGGAAGCAGUAUAAUGAGGAGAAACGCAUCCGGCAGGAGCUGGAGCGAGAGCUGGAGCUGCAGGGCGGCCUGAAGCAGGAGAUGGAGGUGGCCAUGAGGCUGCUGGAGAAGGACAGCCAUGACAAGCAGGACACGCUGGCUGCUCUCCGCCACCAGCUGGACCAGGUCAAGACCCUCAACCUGCAGAUGUUCAACAAAGCCCAGGAAACAGACAUGUUAGUGAAGAGGAAGGAGGAGGGGGCAGUGAAACUAGGGGAGAAGAUGAACCGCAUGGAGGGCGUCAUGAAGGAGCUGGAGGAGAGGCUCCUCAAGUCGGAGCACGCCCGCAAGCAGACGGACCAGUGUGACAUGGACAUGAGGGUGGAGCUGGAAGGGAAGGUGGAGGCUCUGCAGAAACAGCUUACUGACCUCGACUCACUGAGGUUGGGGCUGGAGUGUGACCUGCGCAGAGAGAAGGAGCAGCGGCAGGGUCUGCAGAGGGACCUGCAGCGGGAGCAGGACAACAGCACUGAGCUGCGCACGCAGCUGCAACAGCUGACGGGCCUGCAGAAGGAGCUGCUGGACCUGCAGCAGGAGAAGAGCCACCUCCAGCAGACCUGUGAGGAACAGGAGCAGGCUCUCCAGGAGAUGGGCCUCCACCUCAGUCAGUCCAAAUUGAAAAUGGAGGAUUUCAAGGAGGUUAAUAAAGCUUUGAAGGGUCAUGCGUGGCUGAAAGAUGAUGAAGCUACACAGUGCAAACACUGCCUGAAGGAGUUCUCAAUUUCACGCAGAAAGCACCACUGUCGUAACUGUGGGGACAUCUACUGCAGCAGCUGUUCCAGUAACGAGCUGGCGCUGCCCUCCUAUCCCAAACCUGUCCGUGUGUGCGACAUCUGUCACUCACUGCUCCUUCAGAGAAGCACCGCCACUGGGUCCUGACUACAUGCAUACACACACACUCGCCCACGACACAAACACGACUAUCUUUAAUGGAAAAACCUGCUUUAGACUGUUUCAACAGUUAAUGCUAGUGAGCUCGCUUGCGAUAGGCUGAUAUGAAGACUGUAUUGAAUCCAUUGGGGAAGUUUCUCAGCCCAAUGCAUCACCUGUUUACCUGAAAUUCAGGAGCAUAGGGCCGUGAUCAAUAGGUACAGCCAUUCAUAGAAAUGCCAUGUCUUCAAGGGCCAUCAGCUGAGGGUGGUGGGCUUCAUUCUGCCGAGGUCAGGCUUCAGUGAGGGACUCCGAUCUAUCUUCGACCCCCUUACAAAGUAACAAGUUACACCUCUUAUUGUGUCCAAGCUAACCCCCCCGC